AUGCCUACCAAUUCCACUGCCACCUCUAGCGCUUCCGUAGUCAAGGGCAAAAAAAAAAAGCGGCCAGUACAGAUUAUUGACGAGUCAAGACAGAGGUCUUCUGGGAAUGAAUCCAUUCCAUUGAGUGACAGCAGCGAAGAAGACCCAGAUGGCGUUUUCGGCUGUAAAGACAACGAGGAAAAUUCCGCAGUAGAGGUAACAAUGGCGAACUCAGAUGCUAAGGACAGCCAGUAUGAGGAUAGUUCAUCAAAAGAACUCGACAGUGAGGACGAAAUUGUUUGCCGGCCUCAGAAGAAGGUCAGCAAAGAUGAGUCUGAGGACGGCGGUGAAGGAAGGACAAAGGACAAGAAGAAUCUGAACACAAUUAAAGGACACCGAAAGAUACGACUGCAAGAGAGAGCUGCGCGGGCGCUGCUAAACAAAGAGAAGGGCCUUAAACAGCUCGAGAAGCUACCAUCAGCAUCGCGAUUCGCCGCAGCAGUUUCAUCUCUGUGA